CAUGGUGGGAUUUCAAAAUGGCGCUCUGGCUGCGGGAGUCAAGUGCGAUGUCCUGUGUUAUGUAGCCAUCCACUGUCGUUAGCAGGCGGUAAAGUCUCUUAAUUUUGACACCUUUUGACUCUUAUGACAAUAUCCAUUAUGGGGGGUUUGUGUUUCGCGAGAGGAGCGUUCAAGUCCGCCGGCUGUCUUGGUUUUUACGCCAGAAAAUACACCGGUCGGUAUUUGUGCGUAACGCUUCCCUCCGGUGUUUCAGCUCCAGCGGGGAUCCGUGUCAAGAAGUACAGCCAGGAGGCGGGUAACGGUAGAGAUGUCCCUGGACAGUUUAUAUGCUAUCACCUCCCUCACAGGACCUUACUGAAAAUUCAGGGACAAGACACAAGCCCGUUUCUUCAGGGGAUUAUAACCAAUGACAUGGGGCUGCUGGAGGAGCCUGGACACACAGCCAUGUACUCACAUAUGCUAAAUGUACAAGGAAGAACACUGUAUGACAUCAUGUUGUACAGUCUGAAAGAAGCUGAUGCAGGACUCGGCGUUUUCCUGGAGUGUGACAGCAUGAUUAGGGACUCAAUCUUGAGACAUUUGAAGGUGUACAAGAUCCGCAGAAAGGUUAAGAUAAACCCCUGUCCAGAGCUGUCUGUAUGGGCAGUGCUCCCCAAGCACAAGAACGCAGAUCAAGAGGCCAGUAAACCAGAGCUCUCCUCCCAAGACAAAGCCCUGGUAUGGGAGACUGAUCCUCGAACUCAAGAAAUGGGCUGGAGAUUGGUGUUGGACAAUCAAGUUGACCCCUUGGACAUAAUUUCAUCAUGUCAGAAAGGUGACACAGAGGAGUAUUACAGACAUCGCUACGCAAUAGGACUUCCUGAGGGAGUGAAGGACCUUCCCCCUGGCGUGGCACUGCCACUUGAGUCAAAUCUUGUCUACAUGGAGGGCAUCAGCUUUAGCAAGGGCUGUUACAUUGGGCAGGAGCUCACAGCCAGGACUCAUCACACUGGGGUGGUUCGGAAACGUCUGAUGCCAGUACGCUUGUCAGCUCCCGUCCAAGACCUCGAGGAAGGAGCUGCGCUACAGACGCAGUCGGGAAAGCCAGCUGGGAAGCACCGAGCCGGGGUUGGAGAGCUGGGUCUGAGCCUAAUCCGCAUGGCUCAUGCCAAAGAGGUGUUGACACUCAAAUCUUCUAACGGCACCACAGUGACACUUAGGGCUUCUGUGCCAGACUGGUGGCCUAAAGAUGUAUAAUUCAACUGAAGAGUAGGAUGUUUUAUAGUUCCCUCAAAUGUGACAUACAUCAGAUCUGACAGACCUCUCACAUAGACAGAACCACGAGAACAGAAUGUUACACUGUCAUUGCUUUACAACUGUCUGGCACUAAUCCAUAUUUAUGAGUAUUUUUGUUUUGUUUGCAAUAAAACCUACUUUAAGAGUA